UUUCUCCUGUUCAUAUAUCACCUUUCCCACUAACUUCGAGAAUGACGUGUGUUUAUAAAAGUCCGACUUUAUAUUUAAAAAUUAAGAACAAUGUUGGCAAUAUGUGUGAAAUUAAAAGAAAGGAAUAUUGUAAUAGUGGGAAAGGAAUUGACGGCCUUUGUAAGUUGGCAUCGGAUAUUCCAUCAUCCUUUGUCCCCUGGCAUGGAAUUUACAUCCACCGAACUCCUGAAGAUGGCAACAAAACGAAGAUGGUUUCCUCGAUCUUCGACAUGAAUUAUAAUAUUGGAUCGGAAGAGCAAUUUUCAAUCACAAUUGGUGAAGUAGAAUUCACCACGAGGCUUAUUGUUAUUGAAAAAGGGCUGGCUAUGAAUAGAUAUAGUGUGGAUGUGGAGCAUAAAAGGAAGUUUUUUGAGGAAAUGGAGUGGGCCCCCUUCAAUGUCUCUCGAUUAUUCUCGGCCCAUUCAACAUUUUGGAUGUUGGGAUAUGAUAUAUUGUCCAAAGAAAUGGACAACAUUCUCAGCUUUUAUGUUGAUAGAGGAUGUAAUUGUCCAAUGAAAGUUUGGUUCACGAGAGAAGAGAAAAUAAGCCGAAAAAGUAAAGAAAUUUUAAAUAAAUGGUUUGAAAUUACUGAAUUUGGAAAUUCAAAAUGCCCCAAAACGAGAACAGAAGAAACUUAUAAUUUAAUUGGGAAUAUUGAAAUUGAAAUUAAUUUUAAAAUAUUUAUUAACAAUUUAAAUGCAACAGCAACAUUUAAACUUUACAAUAAUGAAAGAAGUAUUGGAAUUUAUGUUUAUGAAGACAGAAUUGUUUUUGAGAAAAAUGAUGUAAACGGAGAUUGGUCCCAAUCAAAAAUAGACAUUUUGGCAACCAAAAAUAUUAUGAGAGAAGGAAUGACCCUCAGUAUAAAAAUAAAAUUAUUUAAAUUUUAUUGUGAAUUUACUAUUGGAAAUGAACCAAAAACAUUUACAAAUAAAUUUUGGUAUAGUAAAUGGUGGUAUGGAAAAAAAUAUUUAACAUAUAAAAAGUUGGAAGUGUUGGGAGACUUUAUUCGGGUUAAUGCAAUUACUGAAACAGAAAAUGAGGUGGUUUUAAAAUUAAUUUUUAAAAGGGGAAAAUUAUGUUGA